AUGAGCUCUUCAGGAAUCCCCAUCUCCCCAGAGCUCUUUGUGCCCACGGAUGGCACCUCCAAAUUAGGGAAGACCGUUUGUCAAGAAGGGAAGCAGAAGGGGGACGAGAGGGUCUUGCAGGCAGAGCUGGAAUCGACUUCCACUCUGCUUCUUGCAAGCUGUGACUCAGUUGAAGGGACACUUUAUGGCAUUGAUGCUGCCAUUUUGAAACCUGGAGGAGGGAAAGGUGCAAGGGACUAUCACCUGAGGCAUAAGGUGCAGCUUGUGUUUUCUGGGACCUCAACAAACUCCUCCACUGGAGAGUCCUCUGGGAACUCAAGCACCUCCACUCGACUGUCCUCUGGGAACUCAGCCACCUCCUGCACUAGAGAGUCCCCUGAAAACUCAACCACCUCCUCCACUCGAUUAUUCUCUGGGGCCUUAUCCAGCUCCUGCAGCUGUCAGUCCUCCAGGACCUCAUCCACCUACUGCAGCUGCCUGUCUUUCCGGACCUCAUCCACCACCUGCGGCUGUCAAUCCUCCAGGACCUCAAUCACCUGCUGCACCUGUUGGUCCUCCAUGACCUCAUUGACCCGCGGCAUGCAUCUGACCUCAUCCACCUCCUGCAGCUGUCGGUCCUCCGGGACCUCAUCCACCUUUUGCAGCUGUUGGUCUUCCGGGACCCCAUUCACCUCCUGCAGCUGUUGGUCCUCUGGGACUUCAUCCACGCCCUGCAGCUGUAGGUCUUCUGGGACCUCAUCCACCUCCUGCAGCUGUUGGUCCUCUGGGACCUCAUCCACCUCCUGCAGCUGUAAGUCUUCUGGGACCUCAUCAACAUGCUACAUGUGUCUGUCUUCCGGGACCUCAUCCACCUCCUACAGCUCUUGGUCCUCCCAGACCUCAUCCACGUCCAGCAUGUGUCUUCCCUCCGGGACCUCAUCCAUCUUUUAUAGCUGCCUUCCUCUAGGACAUCAUUUACCUUUUUGUUCUGUGAGGCCUCUGGGACCUCCGACUACAUCUCCACUUAGUAACCUCUGGAUCCUCAGCCACCCCUUCUACCUGGGUGGCCUCUGGCCCCUCAACAACCACCUUCACAUGAAUCUCCUCGGUUACUUCAAUAAUCUCCACUUGUGGUCCCUGGGACUUCAGCCACCUCCUCCACCAGGGUCUCCUCUAGUACAUCUGCCACCUCCUCCACUUGCCUGGCCUCUGCUAUCUGAACUCCUCCAGGACCUCAACCAGCUCCCCUACCCAUUGUUGCCUGUAGGACCUCGACCACCACCUCCACAUGUACUACUUGGUAUAUUUAUCUGA